CUCAUACAGUAGAGCUGAGCAGCAGAGAUCAGCUCACAAAGUUUGGAUUUGUUGACCUCCACCUCCUCCUGAUAAAGAUAAAGACUUUGAACCCGAAGAAUCCAGGAGGAUAUUUCAAAAUGGGAACUGAAUUUUUUCAACAAAUAAAUCCAUGGAAUAUUAUUUUUACAGCGUCUGGCAUUAAACCGUUUUAAGACAGUUUAAUAUCUACUGGCUGCAUUCCUUUUAACUUUCACACCUUUUUAUAAUUUCACAUUAUGGAACUCUCAGGCUCUUUGCCUCCACCUUCCCCAUACACCCUCCCCAUUCUUCCCAAUUUCUCUGUGCCCUCCUCCUCUCCCUCCAUCUCUCCAUCACCCAGCCUGGCAUCCACAGCUCUCUUCUGCUCCCUCCUCUCACUCCUCUCCUUGCUAGGCAUCACAGGAAACCUGUACACUCUGGGCCUCCUCCUGAGGCGCAGGAGAAGUAGGAGAAGACGUGGAACAGGACCAACGUGCUGCCUAAUGAGAGUACCUGUACCAUCCUGCCUUGCCAACUCCUCUUCCCCUUCCUCCUCCCCCAUCUCCUCUUCCUCGUCCUCCUCUUCCUCUCUCCACCUUCAGGUGCUGAGCCUUGCUCUUGCUGAUCUGCUCUACCUUUUCACCGCUCCCUUCAUUGUGUAUGACAGCCUGGCUUCAGGCUGGGCCUUUGGCGAGCUAGGCUGUCGCCUCCUGCUGAGCCUCGACCUCCUCACUAUGCACGCCUCCAUCUUCACCCUCACUGCCAUGAGCCUAGACCGCUACCGGGCUGUGGCCCAUCCCCUGCAUACCUCUUCCUCCAACUCCUCUGGCUUGUUGCGUGUAGGCCUGGCCUGGGGGCUGGCUGUGGCUCUUAGUCUGCCCAUGAUGAUCACAUUGCACCUGGAGGAUGGGGAGAACCAGGAGGGCCAGCUGUGUGUGCCGGCUUGGGACGAGCAGAGCUCCAAGGCCUAUCUAAGUGUGCUUUUCUGCACUAGCAUUCUUGGUCCUGGGCUGGCCAUUGGAGCGCUUUACGCUACGCUAGGCCGGCUUUACUGGGUGUCUCAGACCAGGCCAGCCUGGGCCAGUGGGAGCAGCGCUUGUCCUCCCCGUGCACCUAAACCCAAAGUCCUGCUCCUCAUACUAGGUAUUGUCCUUGCUUUUUGGGCCUGCUUCCUCCCUUUCUGGAUUUGGCAGCUGCUGCCUCUCUACCAGCCUGACAUGCUGAGGACAGUACCAGUAGGGACACAGGUGACAGUGAAUCGUAUCCUCACGGGGCUGACCUACGGAAACUCCUGUGUGAAUCCUUUCUUCUACACGCUAUUGACUGGAAAACGAAGACGCGUCCGGCAGACGCUGACAUCAGCAAAUCAGCUCUGCCGUAAGAGCAGCCCACUGCAGUAGUGAGUGACUCUCGCUAACAGUAGAGACAAUAAUGUGAGUGUGGUCACAUAUGUGUGAAAAGGUACUGUAUAAGAAUGCUUUCUGAGCUCCAUAAAAAAAGACACCAAAGACCAUUGAUUUAUCCUCAGCCUGCAAACUAAGCAAAUAAUAGCACUUUGUAUAGAUGCUUUGUGAAAGAACAUUUCCUACAAGGAGACGAUCGAAAAGACAAUCUCUGUCAGAUGUGUUACUGAAUUUAUGAUUUAUUUGCAAACCUUUUCCAAAUAAUGUGUCUUUAAUUGCUGUAGUAACCAAGUUUACAUAUUGAAAAUUUGGUUUUAAAUGAUUUAACAAUAUUA